UGGAAGCUCGAGCUCCCGGAGGCAUGUGCCCCUCUUUGCCGAGCUUCAUCGGAUUACCUAGGUAUAAAAAGGAACCUCAGGUAUAACUCCCGUCGGUAUUCCAGCGCUGAUGUGUGGCUCCUCCCAUACCUAACAAGACACGUAAACAGAAUAACACUCUACAGUCAUGACGUUCAUGGCGGCCAAGUUCACGCCCGAGGUGCUCCUCUCGGCUCCUCGCCGGUCGGCGGCUUUGCCCAAUCCCUCGGGCACGCGAGCACUCUACACGGUGUCGUCUUACUCUUUUGAGAGUCACAGCAAGACUUCGCAAAUCUCCGUGCUAGAUAUUACGUCGGGCCAAUCCCAGUUGCUGCUGGAGCAAGAGCGCAUCAGCGAGCCCACAUGGCUCAGCGAUGACGAUUUCCUCUACCUCAGGGGCAACGACGAGGGCACUACUAGCUUGCUGGUCACCAGGGCAUCUUCCCAUUCUACCGGUGGCUACAUACUUGCCUCGAUCGAUGCCGCCGUGUCCAACAUCAAGGUCAAGAAACUCGCCAAUGGGUCUUUCGCCCUCGCAUUCACCGCCUUGGCAUCCCCUGAAGGUCGCCUGGUCAACCCGGGAGAGAAGAAGCCCUACUCUACUGCCAAAGUCUACAGCAGCCUCUUUGUGCGCCACUGGGAUACUUGGCUUACCGAGAACCGCAGCUCUGUCUGGUACUCGGCCUUGGAGAAGCGUGGCAACAAGUAUUCGCUCGCUGCCAAAGGCUUCGUCAACGCCCUGGCUGGUCAAGACCUCGAGUGUCCCGUGCCACCCUUUGGCGGCUCUGGAGACUUCGACAUUGGCCCUGCAGGGCUAGUGUUUGUGUCCAAGGACCCGAAACUCUGCCCUGCUACUUACACCAAGACAGACCUGUACUUUGUGCCCUUGACCACCUUCACAGAGUCGAGCCCCCCGUCGCCGAAAAUCGUUACCACUCCUGGCCUUGAAGGCUAUACGAACAGCCCUACCUUUUCCCACUGCGGCCAGAAGGUGGCUUUCACUCGCAUGCGCAACAAGCAGUACGAGAGCGACAAACCGCGCCUCCUGCUGCUACCUGACAUCAGUGACCUUGGAAAAGUGGAGGAAUUCUACGCAACCGACGAUGGAGAGGGCGGCUGGGACAUCCGCCCGGAAGGCGCCAUCUGGAGCGCCGACGAUGCUUCGCUGUUUGUUACCGCAGAGCAGACUGCGCGCACUCUGAUUUUCAGCCUCCCCGCGAAGCCAGCUGAUGCCAAGGAUCUCCCUUCAGUCCUUAAGUCUCCCGACGGCAGUGUUGGCGCUGUGCGCCAGCUUGCCGAUGGCUCUUCCAAGCUGCUUGUGACAAGCUCUUCCCUUGUCGACAACAGCUGCUUCAGCGUUGUGGACCCUUCUCACGGCACGGCAACCAUCAUCUCCUCCAUCUCGAAGCAGGGCAAGACGUUUGGGCUAUCGCGCUCCAGCUGCGGCGACAUCACGUUCAAGGGCGCGGGCGACUACGACGUCCACGCGCUUGUGAUGCGGCCGUCGAGCUUCAACCACAGCAAAAAGUAUCCGCUGGCCUUUCUGAUCCACGGCGGUCCGCAGGGAGCCUGGGGCGACAGCUGGAGCACAAGAUGGAAUCCCGCAAUCUUCGCCGAACAGGGCUACGUGGUCGUCUGCCCUAACCCGACGGGCAGCACCGGCUACGGCAUGGCGCUUGAGAACGGCAUCAAGGGCCAGUGGGGCGGUAGGCCUUACGACGACCUGGUGAAGUGCUUCGAGUACAUUGCCGAGAACAUGCCCUACGUCGAUAUCGACAGGGCGGUGGCGCUUGGGGCCAGCUAUGGCGGGUACAUGAUUAACUGGAUUCAAGGACACCCCCUCGGCCGCAAGUUCAAGGCGCUCGUCUGCCACGAUGGCGUCUACAGUACCCUAAAUCAGUGGUCCAGCGAGGAGCUGUUUUUCCCCAUCCACGACUUUGAGGGAACCAUUUACGACAACCGCGCCGGCUACGAGAAGUGGGACCCAGCCCGUUUCGUCAAUGAGUGGGCGACGCCACAGUUAAUCAUACACAACGAGCUCGACUACCGCUUGCCCAUCACCGAGGGCCUUUCGCCGUUCAACAUUCUGCAGUCCAAGGGGAUUCCCAGCAAGUUGCUGAUGUUUCCCGACGAGAACCAUUGGGUAUUGAAGCCGGAGAACUCGUUCGUCUGGCAUCGAGAAGUUCUUGGAUGGAUCAACAAGUAUGCGGGAAUCGACCAGGACCAGGACCAGUUGGCCGUGGUCGAGAGCAUGACCAAAGCCACCAGUAUCUGACGGAUAGACUAGGUUGGGAACUAUAUGUAGGCAGGUAGUAAAAGAAAAGGCGCGAUGAAAACGGGACUGGAAAUUGAGUUUGUAUUUUCCCUGGCUAUGGCGUUCAUGUUUGAGAGUGUUGUCAGCCUGCCGUGAAAUGGUCAGCAGCGUAUAUACAAUUUGGCGCGGCAAAACAAGAGCUGGAUGUUGAAAUGUCUCCUUUCUCUGGGUAUAGCUGUUUCAUGUGUGAGAGGUACACUCACCUUUUUCAGACUGGACUAAACUGAAAAUGAAUAUACAUACAGUAUCUACUCUCUUAUACGACUAUCUCACUCGACCACUCAUGACAC